UUCAUCUAGGAUUUAUAAACCUGUGCUUUAAUCAGUAUAUCAUUACAUCUUUCAUUUCUUUCAACAGUUUGAGGACCAAACUAAUUUCCCUGCAUGCUGUGUAGUGUUCAUCACCUUUCUGACACGAAACCCAGCAGUCUGAACUCCCUGCAAAAACAAUUUCAUGACAAACUCCUCCACAAACGAAUUAAACACCUGUGGAGGAAUUGACUAUAUCACCAUGCACAUAGUAAUCUUGAAAAUCAACAAUUAACACCAACACUUCCAGCUGCGAAAAUUCAACCGUACAGGAGUCAAACUGAUCAUGACUUGCGUAUUUGCGUAUUGGGCCAUCACUCUUUUGAUCAUAUGACUUGAGGAUUUACGUAUUGGACCAUCAGUCCAUCAUUCUUUUCUAAACUCGUGGACAAAACACAAAACUGAAAUGUUACAAGCUCACCAUAUUAAUUCACCGAUGACUGAUCCAGUCAAGCAUAUUUCACCAAAAGCUUCUGUAUAUUAAUUAUUUAUUCCAAAGCAUUUCAAGUGUGUCAUUAAUAACGUCACCAUUAUGACAAAUGACCUUCGAACCAAAUGACGCGAUUGUUGAUACUUGGUUACGCGACGCGAAAUAGACAACAAAACAGUAGGCACAUUAACAUAGACAUUGUCGCGUGUUUGAACUAUUAUGGCGCAAAGAAACGAUGGCUUAAUGAGUGUCAACAAAGAGGGAUCAUGGACUAGCAAGAUGAAUUAAGUGUGUGGUUUAACUUCAAUCAAAAUGGCGAACUUCGAAUCAAAGCGUAAUCCUUGGCAACUCUCGCCAAAAGCAUCACAACUGCAUCGUUCCGUCUUCGAAUCUUUCAACGAGCACGACCGUGCUAGGUUUACCGAGAUUUUAACCAGAUACCAAGAGAAUAAAAACAUCCAACGUUUAGUCGAGUCCCUACAUCAUAUAUGUAAUACACCACAACAACGCGAGGAAAUCUACCCGUUGAUGAGAAGUUUUAUUCCGCAUAAGCACAGAGAGAGAUUUGAUUAUGAAUGUAAUCGACCCAAGUCAGCGUAUGGUAGACAUUAUGCUACAUACUCGAAAAAACAUUCACCAAAAUAUGGUUACUAUACAACACGGAGUCUACCAGGCGAUAUGCGCAAUCGGCACAGCGGCUCGUCUUUAGGUUUCGAACGUAGAACACAGACACCACCUCACAAAACUCCAAAACCAACACGAGAUAGAAAGGAAUCUAAUGCCAGGAUUGUUGUAUUAGACAGAGAAGUCGAGGGCGAAGGUUUCGGAUUCUGUAUACGCGGUGGGUCUGAAUAUAAUAUCGGGUUGUUUGUUUCGUCUGUCGAUGGAGGCUCUGUGGCACACAACGCGGGAAUAUGUUUAGGUGACCAGAUCUUGGAAGCGAAUAGAGUAGAUUUCAGGAACAUUUCCCACCAUGAGGCUGUGAUGGUAAGUAUUGCGAUUGACUCGGGUACUGCAGACACAAUACAGUAAAUUCCUCUCGCAGAGAAUAGUAGUUAUCUAUUAACAGAACAUUACGAAUUACUAGCUGUAUAAAGCAGAACGAAUUAUCACGAAUCAAUAAUUCUGAUUCUUUCCAAUCUCGGUCGUUUCCAACAAGUGAAUCGCAGUCCAACUCCAAAACGAUAAGCCAAGGGUGGCUGAUAUAGUAACGACGUUUUUUGAACAAAGUACAGUGUCAUGAAAGUUUGCUAUAGGUACUGUAUAAACCCCAUUUGAAAGACUUCGAUAAAUCAAUUUACCUCAAAAAUCAAAAUUCUUCUCGUUGUUUUUUGAAGCGAGGUGAUCAAAUAAACGCGGAUAGAACUUUGUAUAAAUUUGGCCAAUGACAAAGUAAAAUUAGUUAGUUGCACCCACCAUACUUCCAGUACUGUUGUAGGGAAUGCUUUUUUCCUACACUAAAGUAUUAUUACUAAAAGUUACCACAGAAAAAUGAAAUGAAUAUUCGCUAACGACGACGCCUACGUUUAACACCUGUUCAUCAUCAGUAGCAGCCUUUCAGUCGACCUAGAAUAGUCGGGAUUUUUAUUUUUCUGCCAUGCACGCUCUUAUUUUAUGAAUCUAUACACUAAACUCAUAGCUGAAGACAUUUAGUUUUGGAAUUUACAGGAAGUUUUACAAUUAAUGGAAAAUCGGAAACAGAACGUGCGCGCAACCAUUGCUAGGAAGCAGCAUUAAAUUUUGACAAGUGUCAAAAACCAGAGAUUAACAAUGUUUAUCAUUGUCCUUAAGAUUGUUUUCUUAAGAAUUAGAACAAUGUGAAAUAUUUGGCUUCCCUAAACUCGUCUGCAGUACUGCAUAUAUAUAGCCUGCGUAUAUUACAUAUAUUGCGUAAAAAAACUCUUGACGAAGGGCCUUCGCUCGAAACGUCGAGUUUCUGCUUGUUUUUUAAGGUAGUAAUAUAUAACCACUCAGCACAGCAUUUUCACAUUGGUACUACCUACACUGGUACAGACAGUUUUAGUAGGUGACAAUACAGUGUCAGCGCGGUAUCGAAUAUUAUUAACCUCAUGGUGAAGGGCUGUUGCUCAAAAGAUUUAAGUGGUUUUAUUAUUGCUUUUCAAGUUCAGACCUUGACUCAGGAUAAAGCAUUUGCGGCGGGUGGUUCCAAAUUGUACAGCCAGUUAAUUUCAAAACAUUACUCCAAAUGCACUUCUAAAUGUGCAUUUUUCAUUGCAUUUAUAUCACUGCUAACAAUUGACAAGAGAAUAGUAAGUGUAUUAGGACAUCCAGAGGGGGUAGGAAGGUUACUGUAACUUCAAAUUUCCUCUGUGGAGGGGAUAUGAUUUUAUUGAUUUGAUUUGAUUUAACAGCUUUAUUGAUCUUGCAAAAAUGAAAUAAACAGCAGACCAUAGGUAGAGGUGAGAAGGGGACAAAAGUCCCAUGCAAGGCACCACCCCAAGUAUGGCUGUUUUCUGGAAUGAACCAGUGUAAUAUAAUUAUUGAUUCACAUAAUGAAUUAAUAUAACAAUAUAUAGGUGAUCCAAGAAGCACCCAUCUUACAUAUGUUGGUAAAAUCAGUGGGUAAAAUUCCUGGUAGUUUCAAGUCCAGUUCGUCCUACAGAUGGACCGACCCUAGAGGAAAUGAAGUGUCCCCUCCUUUACAAUAUGCAAACAUGAUGAAUGGAGAUAAAAGUGAAAUGAGAUUGCUGGGUGCUGAUGAUGAGAGAAAGGUAGGAUAUAAUUACUUCCUUUAGAGCUAACAAAAAUUCUCCAGUUCCAUAUCCUCAAAAUAAUACAGAAAAGUUUUUUAGCAUCUAAAAUCUAAAAGGUGUAAACCUGUGAAAUUAUGAUCGGACAGUAUACUCCGUGUUGAGAAUCAAACCUGGGGUCAGUUGUUAGCGCUAACCCUCGGUUAAAAUUUAACCUGCUGUUUUAGUUUAUGUAUUUCUGCACGUCUGUUUAUUUCAAAACUUCAGAGAAGUAAACUCCUAUCGAUCAAGACAAGAUCUCUGAAAAAAUAUUUCCAAAUUUAUAGACAAGCUGUGAGGAAGUCUGUUUUGAAUUUUAGGUUAACCUGGGGUUAAGCUAACCCAGCUUUGAACAACCGGCCCCUGUUGUAGAAGGUAUUAAGGCCAUUAACAAACCUUUUCACUUACUUUACCCAUUGAGUGCCAUAUUCUUUGCCCAUUUAAAAUGUCUCAGCAUUCAUGGAACAAUCAGACAUCACCAUACCCAAGAUGUCAAUAUCACAUCAGAAAUGUGGAAACAUUCCUGAAUUUUUUUAUGUGAAAAAAUGACACUAUUUUGGGCAAGAGGAAGCUAGCAGUGGCAAGAUAUGAUUAAUUUAAAUAUCACUGGUUUUUACAUUUUCCAGUUUACAGUGCACUCUACAUAGUUACAAAUAAACUACUAUCUAGGUCAACUUGUUUGUUGCCGAUGGAGCAGAGAUAGGUUUGAAGAUCCGAGGUGGAAUGGAGCAUGGCCUGGGAAUAUUUAUUGCAUCUGUUGAAAGGAACUCUGGAGCAGACAGAGCAGGAAUUCAGGUUAGACAAUUCAGUAGUUCAGACAGACAUUAAUUAUGCAUACACAAAAUUGCAACUGCAGUGCCAUUCCCCUUUCUCAAGUUUAUAGGGUCCGCCUCCAUAAUGGCGCUCAGAUUGUAUGUCCCUUUUUAAGUUCUGCGCUCCAUUUUGGGCUCAUUCGUAUGAGCUCAUGCAGCUAACCAAGAAAUUCAUGACAGUGCCAUAGCCAGCCCGACAAUUUUUAAGUCCCGCUAUGCAAGUUCAAAAUUAUUAUCAUUAUUCAUUUCUUUAGCAAUCGAUUGUUUUCACAGUCAGUGAAAACGAAAAUAUUUGCAUAGCGGGACUAAAUCGCCAGGCUGUGUGUCCUUUGACAGGCUUAAUUAUAAAGACUGUUAAUGCAUAUAAAAUUCAAAUUGUGUUCAUACUGGAAACAAGCCAGCCCAACUAGAUGAAAUUUUAUUUUGCACUUACAGACUUGUGGGCUUGGUUGAUUUGCAGGCUAACCCUAGCUUUUGGGCUGUCUAUGGUUCUUCUCGCAUGGAAAGAUCCAGGGACGCCGGAACGAUGUGAAGGCAAGGGGGCAGAUUUUCGUGAAAAGGGCACUUUUGAAUUGAUAUAUACUAAGAGAUGUUUGCAAAACAUCGGGAGUUGAACUUCGCCCAAUGAUGUAAAUUCUAUUUUUGGAUGAUAGGGGUGUGAGAGGGUUCUCCGCCCAACCUUGUCCCCAGGGCCUUUCGAGGAAGGAGGCGAAGGGCAGCAAAGGCUUCGCCUCCUUCCUCAAAAGGCCCUGGGGAUGAGGUUGUUCUCCGCCAGGCGAUUGUGCUAUUCUUGAAGCUCGAUGACUGCAUUUCUUGCGUUUUCUGAAGCAAAUUCGUAAAAGAAAUGCACUAACAUUUCUGACAAUUCGCUAUUUCGCCAAGGCAAUCCUUUAAAUUGAAAGGGCACCUUUGCCCCCCUUGCCCCUCCUGGUAAAGGGCAACGGGGCGGCUGCCCCUCCUGCCCCCCAUUUCCGGCGUCCCUGGAAAGAUCUAUUGAAGCUUUUUGAAGGCCCCCAUACAAAUUACAUCAUCCUGUACCUGGAUAUAUCUUGACCCCUGGCUUUAACAAACUGAACUUACCAAAUAGUCCAAAAUACUUUCUCAAAUUGACUGCUCUUCAUAAAAUUAGGUUGGGGAUCAAAUUUUAGACGUCAAUGGCAAAAGUUUUCUAAAUAUUUCGCACGAAGAAGCGGUACGAGUGCUCAAGAGCUCACAACAACUUGUGAUCAUGCUGAAAGAUGUCGGGAUACUGCCUCAUGGCAAGCGAGUUUACGACGAAACUAGAUGGCUAAGAGACACAGAAACUAACAAUUCAUCAAGGUUUGACAAACCCUUUAUGCUGUUUUGAAGCCUUUUCGCUUCUUUCAGCCAAAUAAAAGCGAUAAAUUUAACAAAAAUUAACUCUUCCUGAACGGUUGCCUGUCCCAUUUUGAAAUUCUGAAAAACUUUUCCCGCGCUUGGGAAUCUUGAGCCUGUAGUCUUAUUACUUAGCGUACUGCCAUCUAUGGAAACGUUGUGUAAUUCUUAGGUAUUCCUUUCUAAUUGUCUAUUUGUCUACCUGUUUGCUGGUUUCGCUUGUCAGUAUCUUUUGGGGCUCGCACUUUCUAAUUACGGUUUUUCUGACUUUAACUAUAAAGGCGAAAAAACACUUCAUCCUUUGAAAAUUUAUACAAGCAUAGAAAGUGUAUUUCUAACAAUUUCCCAGUCGAACGUUACUGUGCUCUGAAAAUCACGUGGGCACGCUUUAAUAAAAGUACAACACUAUACACGCGUAGAAACGCACAAGUUGUUACAUGUCUGCAAACAAGUUGUUAUAAAUCUGUACAAGCUGUCAACAAGUUGUGUUGGCACUUCUUGUUCCCAGUUGUUGUAACAAGUUUGGAACAAGCUGUUAACAACUUGUAACAAGCUUGAUGGCAUUAUCAGACUUGUUACAAGGUUGUUCCAACGGCUCCAAGGUUGUUCCAAGGUUGUAACAAUAUUAUACAAAUAAUGAAUGUUUAUGAGUGCAAGGGUAAGAAUAUUUUCAUGAGGUGAAAGAUGGAAUGUUCCAUUCAACGAGGCGACAGCCGAGUUGAAUGGAACAUUCCAUCUUUCACCGAAUGAAAAUAUUCUUACCAUUGCACGAAUAAAAACAUUCAUUAUUUGUUUUAUAUAAUACCAAAAUAGACUAAUAUUAAAAGGUUUACUGUAAGAUUUCGCCAUUUUGACGAGUCGUGUUUGCAUUAAAUCCCAUUUACUGAGUUUCGAAUAUCGGGUUAAAAUAAACUGCAAUCACCGUACGAGAAGCAUUUUGACGGAUGCGAUUUAUCGAAAACACCUUUGUGUUGUGCAAUGGAACAAAACGUAUAGUACAAAUGCACUCGCAAGAGUGCAAUGGAACGUAUUCCAUUGCACUCUUGGGAAAUGGAAUUUUCCAUUCAAUAUCACGUGACCAUAAACAGCCAAUUAAACGAUCAGAAUUCAAUAAGGUAUUAUAUAAUGUUCUAUCAUGACUGUAUCAGACAUGUUGGAACGACCUUGCAACAAGUCUGAUAAUAUCAACAAGAUUGUUACAAGUUGUUAACAGUUUGUUCCAAACUUGUUGACAACUUGGGACAAGCAGUGCGAACACAACUUGUUGACGGCUUGUUGGCAGACUUGCUACAAGAUGUGAGAUUUUCACGUGUGCAGAAGGCCAGAACAUUUCAACGUUGCAUGCAAUGAUAUCAUGGAUAAUAAAAUAAAUUUAUUUUAUUAUCCAUGAUGAUAUUAUGAUCGCGAUCAAAACCGCGAACAAACUAUGGUAAACGAUGUUUUAGUUACAACGGGGCAGUGUUGUGGAAUGAGUUACCUCAAAUUGCUUAAAAUGUACGAGCAAUAUUCUCUCUUAGACAAUUCACAAGAGAAAUUGACAACCUAUUUUCCGUAAUCAAGUACCGUGUUCAGUAUCAUGAAAAUUAUUUAGGGCUGAAUUAAAUAUAACACUUUAAAUUUUCUAUCUUAAAGAACGUCCUCUGCAAGCUCCAGUGAUCAAAAGUCAAAGAGUAUGAAAAAGGUGUGCCCUUUUAAUGUCUUUUAUAAUAUACUUCCUACAUUUCUUUACACUCAUAAGAAUCACACACAAAGUUAAACAAGAUUGUUUGUAGAAGGCUAUAGUGGCAAGCUUAUCAACAAGUGUCAAAAAUCAAAAAAAUGUUAUCAUUGUAUCAAGUUGUUACUGAAGCGCCAAUCAAACGGGGAUAAGAGUUUAGAUUAAGAGAUAUUUUUGUAUGUUGCGUAACACGCGCUCAAAACUAUAAUGCUUAUAAUUUACUAUAAUAUACCACAUGAGGUUAUGACUAAAUUCAAAUUUUUUAUUUUUCGAUACGUUUCUCAAUCGGCAAAUAAACUUAAAAAGUACGUGCAUGUAGUGCUUUAUUUGUAAAAUGAUGCUAAAAUGAAGAGAUUUUAGAUGAUACGCCAAAGAGAAAAUGAUGUCUGAAAUUCAGUAAGUUUUGCUUAUAUGGCUGUAAAAUAUGGCAUCAAUUUUAAAGCAUCAUUGAUAUUUUAAUUGACAAUUUUUAACUAUUAUUUUAUGUUUCUCAACCGGCAGAUGCAUUUAAAAAGGUUGCUAACUCUAUAUAAACUAGAGAACAAAGCUAAAACAAAGUAAUUCUCAUGCACUUUUGUUUUCGUUUGAUCAGAGCUAUAUAAUAACACUGUCCUCCAUUCGAUUCCAGACUCCGUCAUUUCACGAUCCAAUGGGCAGUUCUCAAUUGACGCAUCACUCAGUCCUGGAUCACAGUGAUGAAAUACUGGAAAUGAAAGCACGUCAGUUGUUGCCUAGCGACGAUCUACAAGCGUUCGCAUUUUAUCUCAGUGAAUACAGAACAGUCCGUCUGUCAUUAACAUCAUUCUUGACUGUUUUGUCAGACCUACUAAAUACACCAGAAAAGGUAUAGGUAAUGCGGAAGAAGUUGUUCUUGUUUUGAAUUUCUCUUUAUCAGUCUGUUUGUUUGUUUGGUCUUUGCCUGUUUGUUUCAUUGUUGAUUGGGUGUAGUUUGGGGAGGGAGGGAGGGAGGGAGAGGGGUGCCUCUGUGGAUGUGGUUAGGUUCCACCUCGCUUCCAGAGAGGUUCUAGUGUGACUCUACGGGCAACACCGCAAAUUUUUUCCGGGUUCAUUUCAUCAUUUGACUCUCUUGUAAUAACACUGGACCUUAUAGAUUGAGGUUUUCCCCAGUGGUUUUCCCCCACUGAAUCACACAGAAGGUUUGACAGUUUAGAACUGAUAGAGUUAUAUCCAUUAUAAAUAUAAUUAGUUUAGUUGAGGUUUCCUUAUGUAGUGACACUUAAGGAUGGGAUGGAGUUGAGGGAUAGAUAAUAAGGGAUGGAGUUGAUGAAUAGAAUUAACUAUCCAUGGAGGACCUUCUAAAGCACCUUUCGGUGAAGGAGCUGUCCUCUUAAAAUAUUUAUUAAAAGAAAGUUAGUUUGGUUCAGGUGUUUAAACUUUGCUUUUCUGUCUUUCUGUUCGUUGGUUAAUCAAACAGUUUAUAAACUAAUACUAACCUUUUCUAUUUCAAUUUUAGGGUUCGCUAUUUCAAGAAAUCCGUUCCGCGAUUCUCCCCCGUGAUCUAACAAAGUUUGAUGACUGGAUUGAAAAAACUGGACACGCGCGGUUACAGGUGAGUUAGUGAGUAUAAACAUUAGAAAGUUAGAAAAUAUAGCUAUAGAAUUUCUGACGUUGUGAAUGACUGCUCGGACAGAUUAUCUAUUACUUCAAAGGAAAAUCUAGUUUCUUUUCUACGAGAAAUUUUGUGGGAAACACUCUUACGAAAACAUCAUUUUCUAGUCAUGUUUCCAGAUAUUUUGUCGGCAACAAUGUUCUUGAAGGGUUAAAAACACAAACAGGUAAAAGUAUGAGGAAUAAACAUGACGACUUUCAGAUGUAAUUCUGCACUGAUAAUAGAGAAUGGCCAUUUUUUCAUAUAUUUUCAUCAUCAGGCGCAUCAUAUGGACUCCAGACAAACAAGACAUGACAGGUUGUCGCUGUAUUCGUACAAAAGUUCUGAUUCUUCAACGACAACGAAUUCCUGGCUUGGUUUAUUUGAGGUAAGCUUCCUUUAAGCGAAACGAACUUUAUUCGUUUUUUAUUGAUCCAGUGUUGCUGCAUGAGAAAGUACCCAGAGAAAACAUGCAGUGUCUGACAGAGUCAAAUUGAAAGCGCUCUUUUUAUUUUCGUCACCGAAGCCCCCGCACAGGAAAGGUUCUGUACGCACAAAAUUUUAAAAGUUUAUAUGCUCCUAAUUCUUUCCUAUCCACAUUAGUUUUACAUGUAAUGAAUACUGACUCUAUAAGGCCAUGGGCAAACUAGGAAACAUUGUUUCCUACCAAUGUUUCGACAUGUUUCCCAGAGUGCGCAAACACUAGGAAACAUUAGUGAGAAACAUAGGGAAAGUUCAAACGUCAAAUGUUUCUGAAUUUGCUAGGAAACAUUUUUGCUUCUCGGGAAGAAAAUUUUGUUUCCGCAACAAUGUUUCCAAGGGUGGGCAAAGAGGAAAACAUUUGAGGAAACAUCGAGAAUCACAAAUGUUUCCAUAACAAUGUUUCCUAGUUUGCCUAGGGCUUAACGUACACACGCAAAAGUCUCACAUUUUGUAGCAAGUCUGCCAACAAGUUGUCUUCGCACUGGUUGUCCCAAGUUGUCAACAAGUUUGGAACAAGCUGUUAACAACUUGUAACAACCUUGUUGAUAUUAUCAGACUUGUUGCAAGAUUGUUCCAACAAGUCUGACACAGUCAUGAUAUAACAAUAUUGUUACAACUUUGUGUUGUCAACCUUGUAACAUUCUUGUUAUAUCAUGGCUGUAUCAGACUUGUUAGAACAACCUUGUAACAAGUCUGACAAUGCCAUCAAGUUUGUUACAAGUUGUUAACAGCUUGUUCCAAACUUGUUACAACAACUGGGAACAAGCAGUGCGAACAUAACUUGUCGACAGCUUCUGAACAGAUUUGUAACAACAUGUUUGCAGACCUGUAACAACUUGUGCGUUUUACGUGUGUAAGAUUUUGAUUAGACUUGGAUCAAGUCCAUCUCUCUAGAAUCCAAGUCUAGAUUUUGAUAACAAAAUUAACUUUUUUUAUUAACUAUAGAACGAUGAUAAACAUGCGAAGACAAAUUUCAAACUUCGUCAUAAACAAGAUGCCUUACCCCAUCCACCUAAACACUUUCUUGACGAUCCUGUAGAUUCAGGUAGUAUGUCACGUGAUUUCGGCACCAGACCACGUGACUCAUCAUUCGAGCUACCCCCUCCCCCUGUGUUUGAUCUCAACAAUAAAAGGACCCCUGGUAAUAAUCGGUUUGAGAGUAAUCGGAUUUUGGGUGAAACUAGUUUUGGUGAAAAUAAAUUGCCAUUGAACAAGAAAUCUCCCGGAAUAUUUGCGCGCUCGUCAACGCCCACGCUACAAACUAAUCAGCUGGGACAUCGUCAAGACGCGUCGCGUAAGGAUAUGCCGAAUUAUUCAACAACGAGAAAAGCGGAAAUGAUGACCGAGUGUCCUGGUGAUAGGAUAGGACAAUUGACUACAACUGUUGAUUAUAGGGGUACGAACGAGAAAUUUAGGAGUAACGAUGGAUAUCCCUUUGAAGAUUCGACUUACGAUGAUGAUGGUUUAUAUUCACCUGUGGAUUAUAAAGGACCAAAUAGAGCAUCUGGAAAUGUGGUGGAUAAGAUUGCAAUGUCGAAUGGAGACGAUAGUGAUGAUGAUUUGUAUACUUCCAUGAGUAAUAUGGACCUUGGUGCGAAACACGAGGGUGUUAGUGCUACAUCUAUGGACAGUAAGCGAAAAACUGCGUUCAAUGCUGAUAAUGUUGGGGAUCGACUGUAUACAUCAGAGGAUAAUAAUGACUCAACGAGCAAAAUGUUACAAAACAAAAGCGAUGAUCCUAAACGAUUUUUGAAGACUAACACAGCAACAAAUAAUGUUGUACAAAAUGGACCAAAAAGCUUCCCAAACAGCAACGGUUUUGUAGACGAGGAAGACGAUAUGCCUGUUUAUGCUACUGUAGAUAAAUCUCGUAUCCCCCUAAAACAGCCGAUGAAUAAUUUUCUCCAAGAAAGUGAAUUUGAAAUUCCACCGCCUAUACCGGACAAACUUUUCUUAGAGACAGGCGAUUUUCAGGAAAGCUUAGAAAACACUGAUGAUAUUUAUUCAGAUAAAAGUAGACAUGAUUUUACAAACAACAUUGCGGUAAAGCAUGAAGACAAUUUUGUACCAUCCGAAACUGUUCAAUUGAAUGGUAGAAAUGAGAAUGCUGUAGUAGAAACGAACAUUGCAAGCUUUCCAGAACGCCUGAGGAAGUUUAAUGGCGAAUCAUCUGUUGGAAAAAGCGAUAGGAAUGGAGUGGUUCAAAAGCUGAAGAAAAAGAAGAAAAGAUCUAAACCCAGCAUGGUUCAGGUAAAUGAAACAAAACUAACUUUAUAAUAGUUUUGUCUGUGGAAACACCACGUAAAUUUAUUACUCAGUAAAAAUUUACGUGGUGUUUCCACAAACAAAACUAUUAUAUGUUUUAUCGCCAUGCAAACGUACAAAGAACUUAAAACUAAGUUUAUCAGGUCGAGUUAAACUGUCCCUUAUGGAUUGACAUUAGAAGAAAACUGGGGUACCUAGCCUAGGGAAAAUCUAUAGUGUUUUUGGUACAUGUACAGUCAAUAUGGAAUAAAGGAAUACCAAAUGUUUUGUCGUAAAGGAUAACGUCAUCGAUGCACGCUGGAUGUUCGGGAGACUUUCUGAAUUAAGGACCAAUUUUGUAAUAGACCUUAAUUAAAAAACUCAUUAAUAAUUCAUGAAGAAAACACAAAGAAAAAUCAUAAGCGUGUCGUAUCUGUAUAUGUGAUACAGAUUCAUGUUGAUUUACAUAAACUUUAACUUUGAUUUUCUCGGCUUAGACAACGUUUAUUUUUAAAAUUACUUCGCCAAUGAACUCAUAAGAUGGGUCGUUUUUUAAGUUGUUUACAACAUUCGCGGCCGUGCUGUAUCGGAUAUACAAACUCUCGCCUUCGGCUCGAGUUUGUAUAUCCGAUACAACACGGUCGCUCAUGUUGUAAACAUUAUUUAUGCAUAAUGACGUCACAAGGCUUGAUGCCCACGAGGGAUGCUGGUCUUUGUAGUCAUCGCCCGGGAAAAUUAAACAAUUAAAAAUGGCCACUAUCGAAAUUUUCCCGCGCGAUGACUACUAAGACCAGCAGUCCUCGCGGGCAUCAAGCUUUGUGACGUCAUUAUGCAUAAGGUCUAUAUAUUCCAAAACUGAGGAGAAACUUGGAGAGAGCGUCAGCUCGUAAUGUUUUCAUUUGUGACAUAAAAUAUACCAAAUAUGUGGCUUUCAGAUUAUCGUGUCUAAACGUGUCUAAAAUACACGAGAUAGCGUCUCAUAGACCCUAAGGGUGGGAAAAUUAACCUUCACCCACCAUACCCAUUCGUUUGGGGCCGACUACGCCACCGCAACCGGCGUGUCAUGAAACAUUAUUUUAAGCCCGUUGCACUAACUGGUCACCCACACCCCAAGGGAAUGUAACCUGCCUGUUUGGCUGGAUAUACACGUCCCUACUGCUAUGUUUACUCAAAUUGUUAUUCUAUCAUUUUAUUAGACGGAUAAAGCUGUGGAUUACAGUCAGCCAUUUGUUGUUGAACUUAGUAAACAUUCCAGCAAUCUUGGUUUAUCCGUUGCUGGAGGAACAGACACGGACAGUAAAGAAAUUAGGAUAAAAUCUAUAAAGGUAUAAAACCAACUUUAUUUAUACUGGGUACCUCGUAGGGUGAGGUCCAGUAAGAUCACCACUCAUGUAUGCAACUAUAAUAUCAGUUUCAAUAUAAGUUUCAAAGUCAAAACUCGUAACCGCAAAAACGUCGACCUCUAAGCGCGGGAAGCACAAUCAGUGGCCAUGCGUAUGUGGAAUGAUAUCGUAUCGUAAAAAUUUAUUUCAAGGCACUAGCCUCAUUAACAUAUGUUGGUUUUCAUGAGGGGCGUCGUCAAUUUAUAUACAAAAUAUUUACAAGAAAAUACGUAGAAAAAAAAACUAUUUACAAAAGUGCAUGCUGAAUACAGGAGGUGUGACCCAUACAUUAAUAUUAGUAACAGAAUCAAAGAUUAAUAUUUUGUUUGAAAAUAUGGAUUGAUCGUGCCUCUUUUGCUUCCCGAGAAAGGCUAUAUUCCAAAGCUUUGCCUCGCUGUAUUUAAAACUUUUUUUAGGAAUUCCCUUCUCGGUUUAGAGCUAAAUCAGUAUAGCUCUUUCUUAAGUUAUAAUUCGCUUGCGUUAAACUACUCCCAGUCAGUUUGAGACAGUGACUCUUUCAAGUUAGGAGCAGUAUCAUCGUUUAGAAUUUUAUACAGAAGAAUGCAAAUCAUUUACCACGAAUGUGAGCAAAACACUCUAGUGAACACUCAGCAAGUUUCUAUCUAGCCUGCGAACAGGCUCUCAAGCUGAAUUGAGAGCCUGCAUCGAUGACUAAUGAAUCUGAAUAUCUGCGUCUCAAAUCGUGACGCGAAAUUCUCAUUGGUCAGAUGCUAUAAUUUAUAUGUUUCCGCUGAGCUCUAUAUAUGUCAACUGCUGAAGCACUAUGCAUAAAAAACACAUUAACUGAUCAAAUUGGUCAUGGCCAUCUUAUCUCAAAGCACGAAAUGUUCUGUUUUGAGAAAACAGUAUUUAAAACAUUUGAACUUUUGCUUGAAUAUCUUAUAUUUCGAAAAACAGUAUAAACUGUACAGUCUAAAUUUAGUUUGCACAGUCUAAAUUUAGUUUGCACGAAAGUUGUAAACAACACCAUAUAAGGACAGACAUUCCAUAUUUGGAAAAACGAACGUUACGGGGCAGAUAUUCAAAUUCAUUAGUCAUCGAUGCAGGCUCUCAAUUCAGGUUGAGAGCCUGUUCGCAGGCUAGUUUCUAUCGUAUGCGGGUAGUUUUCGUGAGGAUUUGGCCACUCGUGGCAUUGAGGAAAAUAUCUAUCAUGUCUGAUAUUUUUCACCUCACGAGGAAAAAAGUUCAACGUCUACGAAUAUUGCAAGCUUAGUGCUGAACUGCUUGAAUCAAUUAGCCAAUGAGAAACCAUAGUUUCUUCAUGUGACUUUGAAUAAAAUGGAGGAAAAUAUGAACGAUUUUGUCAAUACUAGAUUACGUAGUAAUUGAUACACCAGGCGGAAAUCUUAGUUUAAAGAUAAAGAGCAAAGCCCAGCAAAUAACUUUAAAACCAAACAUAAUAAAAGUAAAAAUUUAAUUAGCUAACGUUUCGUUGUUUACAAUACAACAUCUUCAGAGCAAUCUAACUUUUAUUAUGUUUGGUUUUAAAGUUAUUUGCUGGGCUUUGAUCUUUAUCUUUAAACUUAGAUUACGUAGUGAUAUCAGUGAUAACACUAUAACCACAAUGCAAAGCGCUACGUUUUCGUAGCGCUUUGCAUGGCGGUUAUAGUGGUAUCACUGAUAUUCAAGAUGGCUUAUUUUUUGUCCUGACCCGUGAAAGAACUUUUAAAAAAAGCUAGGGUCAGGUGCGCGAUAGCCAACAAACAUUAUAACCACAAUGUAAAGCGCUACGAAAACGUAAUAAGGGGAAUCAUCAAUUAUAUUGUUGUUGAGUAGUUUUCCCAACGUGCGCGCUCAAAAUGCAUACAGCUGAGCUAGUCGCCACGCGAGGCGGUUAGCUCAGCAAGUUUCUCCCGUGUGCGGCAGGCUUUAGGAAUUUUAUCGGCGUCUGUUCAUAGUAGCAAAACAAUUUUUAGCAAGAUUUUUCUGCCUUUUGUUUGACAGAACGAAGACACAGUCGCAGGAUCAUGUCCACUGCUACAACCGGGUCAAAUCAUUUUAGGAGUUGAUGGCAAAUCAUUACAGAACGUAACAAGUGGCAUUGCUGCGAUGGCGAUUAGACAGGCUUUUCACAGUGAUAAAACUGUAUUGAAACUUAUACUACAAAAUGAUAGCUGACAGCAUAUCAAAUAAAAUCUUCGCAGAUUAAUUGGUGGUUUCUUGCAUACUGGCAUUAGUGAGGUUUAGAUUUGACUUCAACUACCACUAUCUUUCACUUACAUGCAUCUGAUUGGUU